CGUCUACAACCACCAGCUCGCCGUUCAUUCACAGGUAUGUCGAUAUCGCCGUGACUCCGUCAAGAGCCAGGGUCUGCGCUCAUUGUAUGCGAUACAAUGACACCGCAGCGCCUCGUCACUUCGAGCUGAAGAACCCUCUCGCGACCGGCAGGGCACUCUUCGCGCUCAUGGGCUCUUGCUAAUAUGCUGAAAAAGGACACUCCCAGCCGCAUCGCCGCUGAGAAUCCACCGCCAACACCGUCACCAUGGUCAAGACUUCCGUCCUCAACGAUGCGCUCAACGCCAUCAACAACGCCGAGAAGACCGGCAAGCGCCAGGUCCUGAUCCGCCCAUCCUCCAAGGUCAUCGUCAAGUUCCUCCAGGUCAUGCAGAAGCACGGCUACAUCGGCGAGUUCGAGGAGGUCGAUGACCACCGCAACGGCAAGAUUGUCAUUCAGCUCAACGGCCGUCUCAACAAGACUGGUGUCAUCUCUCCACGCUACAAUGUCCAGCUCAAUGACCUCGAGAAGUGGGUCGUCAGACUGCUUCCAUCACGUCAGUUCGGCUACAUCGUCCUCACCACCUCCGCCGGUAUCAUGGACCACGAGGAGGCUAGGAGAAAGCACGUCGCCGGCAAGAUCAUCGGUUUCUUCUACUAGAUGCAGAGUCAUUACUUGUGGAGGAUCUGAUGUUGGCAUGAUGUGAGGAUUUCAUGAGCAUAGCGCGGCGCAUUUGUCUGUAGCUGCACGCAUCAAAAGUUCAUGUCAUUACACAC